UAUGAAACUGUCCCGCGUCAUAAAGUAUAAACAUUGACUCGGUUUGUUCGUUGAAACAUAAUCAACUAACAUGUACCUAGCACGUCUGUGUGUUUCUACAACGAAGCCUUGUGUGUCGAAGAACCUGGUGCUGGACUCCGGUUUUACACGAUGUUCUCGUUUAGUCAGUGGAGCAGUCAAAGACAAAGAACCCCUGCGGAAGGCCAAAACCCCACAGGGCCGUUUUGACAUGAGCGAGGAGAAGAGCAAGGAUGUUCUUGAAAAAUUUCCAGAUGAUGUGAAUCCUGAGACCAAGGAGAAAGGUGGCCCCAGAGGUCCUGAGCCCACACGCUAUGGAGACUGGGAGAGAAGAGGUCGCUGCAUUGACUUCUAGCUAGUCUGUGUUCCUGGUAUAUUACAUGUGUGUGUCAAUAUAUAAGUUAAUGGUGAAAGAAUUGGGACAGUUGUUUUAUUUUUUUCUUUUGCGGUGUACUCUAGAAAUAUACACCCAAUUAGCCAAAACAUUAAAACCACCUGCCUAAUAUUGAGUAGGUCCCCCUCAUACCGCAAAAACAGCUCUGGCCCAUCAAGGCAUGAACUCCACAAGACCCCUGAAGGUGUCCUCUGACAUCUGGCACCAAGAUGUUAGCAACAGAUCCUAUAAGUCCUGUAAGUUGCGAGGUGGGACCUUCAGGGAUCAGACUUGUUUUUCCAUCACAUCCCACAGAUGCUCGAUCGGAUUGAGAUCUGGGGAAUUUGGAGGCCAAGGCAACACGUUAAACUCUUUGUCAUGUUCCUCAAACCAUUCCUGAACAAUGUGUGCAGUGUGGCAGGGAGUAUUAUCCUGCUGAAAGAGGCCACUGCCAUCAGGGAAUAUCGUUGCCAUGAAGGGGUGUAUUUGGUCUGCAACAAUGUUUAGAUAGGUGGCACAUGUCCAAUUGAUAUCCACAUGAAUGCCAGGACCCAAGGUAUCCCAGCAGAACAUUUCACAGAGCAUCACAAUGCCUCCGCCGGCUUGCCUUAUUCCCAUAGUGCAUCCUGGUGCCAUCUCUUCCUUAGGUAAAUGAGGCGUACGCACCUGGCCAUCCACAUGAUGUAAAAGAAAUCAUGAUUCAUCAGACGAGGCUACUUUCUUCUACUGCUCCAUGGUCCAGUUCUGACACUCACGUGCCCAUUGUAGGCACUUUUGAUGUUGGAGAGUGGUCAACAUGGGCCCUAUGACCGGUCUGGAUUUAUACGCAGCAAGCUGUGAUGUACUAUGACACCUAUCAUAGCCAGCAUUAACUUUUUCAGCAAGUUGAGCUACAGUAGCGCUCCUGUGGGAUCGGACCAGAUAGGCUAGCCUUAGCUCCCUACGCACAUCAGUGAGCCUUGGGUGCCCAUUACCCUUUCGCUGGUUCACCAGUGUCCUUCCUUGGACCUCUUUUGGUAGGUACUGACCACUGCAUACUGAGAACACCCCACAAGACCUGCUCUUUUGGAGAUGCUCUGACCUAGUUGUCUAGUUAUCAUAAUUUGGCCCUUGGCAAACUCACUCUGAUUCUUACACUUGACCAUUUUUCCUGCUUCCAACACAUCAACUUCAAGAACUGACUGUUCACUUGCUGCCUAAUAUAUCCCACCCCUUGACAGAUGCCAUUGUAAUAACAUAAUCAAUGUUAUUCAUUUACCUGUCAGUGGUUUUAAUGUUUUGGCUGAUCAGUGUAUACACGCACACACACACACACACACACACACACACACACACACACACACACACACACAUAUGCAGGGACCAUUUAACCUUAUCAGUUGGACAUGAAUGUACUACAAUGGAACCAUUGUCAUGUCACUAACUAUUCAUCAAAGUAAAUUAGUUUAAAAUGUCUGGUAACUUUUUUUGCAAUUAUUGUGAUGUUAAAAAAGGCAUGAAACAUACCUCAUACAUACAACCCAAUCUAACAGUAAACCGUUUUUCCGCCUACAAACAAAUCCUGAUGGAGAUUUUAUUUAUUUUUGUUUUUAUGGGUUAAAUGGCACAAAUGGCAAAAGAAAAAAAACCUCUAGUUAAUGGUCAGGGCAAUUUGCAUAUGAAACUGAUCGUUGCUUUGGGUCAUUAUGCCACUGUUGUUUAUUGGGGGGGGGGGGUACCUGCAGUCAGGUGAGACUGAAGAGGUUACUUAGAUGAUGAUGAAACAUUUCUCCCAAUAAACGUUGUGUCCAGAUGAA